AGUGACGUCACGGGCCCGUCGCGCCGUCUGUGGGCGGGGCGUUGUUGAACUGACUGACGUCGCUUUUGGUGCUGGAAAUCAUGGCUUCUCGCAGAGCUCUGCACUUCGUAUUCAAAGUGGGAAACCGCUUCCAGACGGCGCGUUUCUUCCGCGACAUCUUGGGGAUGAAGGUGCUUAGGCAUGAGGAAUUUGAAGAAGGCUGCAAAGCUGCCUGUAAUGGGCCUUAUGAUGGGAAAUGGAGUAAAACAAUGGUGGGAUUUGGACCUGAGGACGAUCAUUUUGUUGCAGAAUUAACAUACAAUUAUGGCAUCGGAGACUACAAGCUUGGCAAUGACUUCAUGGGAAUCACGAUUGCUUCCAGCCAGGCUGUCAGCAAUGCCAGGAAGCUGGAGUGGCCACUCAAUGAAGUCACAGAAGGAAUUUUUGAAACUGAGGCUCCAGGAGGAUAUAAGUUCUAUUUGGAGAAUCACAGCCUACCUCAGUCAGAUCCUGUAUUCAAAGUAACUCUAGCAGUGUCUGAUCUUCAGAAAUCCUUGAACUACUGGUCUAAUCUACUGGGCAUGAAAAUUUAUGAACAUGAUGAAAAGAAGCAAAGGGCUUUGCUGGGCUAUGCUGAUAACCAGUGUAAGCUGGAGCUUCAGGGCAUCAAGGGUACAGUUGAUCAUGCAGCAGCUUUUGGAAGAAUUGCCUUUUCUUGUCCCCAGAAAGAGUUGCCAGACUUAGAAGACUUGAUGAAAAGGGAGAAGCAGCAGAUCCUGACUCCCCUAGUGAGUCUGGAUACCCCUGGGAAGGCAACAGUACAAGUAGUCAUUCUGGCUGACCCUGAUGGACACGAAAUUUGCUUUGUCGGUGAUGAAGCUUUUCGAGAACUUUCUAAGAUGGAUCCAGAGGGAAGCAAAUUAUUGGACGAUGCAAUGGCAGCAGAUAAAAGUGAUGAAUGGUUUGCUACAAGAAAUAAACCAAAGGCUUCAGGUUAAUGGAAGACCUCAUGUGGAACAAGCAUUAAUGAUUCCUGUCCAGCAUCUGUGAGGCCUGAUGUGUCCGUUUACAAUAAAUGCUCUUACAAAUUGGCAAGGAGGCCUAGGUGGCAAAGAUUUGGGUAUUUCAAUCUUUGAAAGCUCUAAUAUGUUUUAGAAAUGAAAUCCAGGUCUAGAAGAGUGGCUCAAGCAGUAGAAUGCCUGCUUUGCAAGCAUAAAACCCUGAGUUCAAACUCCAGUUCCACCAAAAAAAAAAAAAAGAAAUGAAAUCCAGUUACCACUACUCUAAGAAGACAACUCUUGCUUUAAUUUGCCUGUCUCUGGAAUGGCACAUUCUUUGUGUUACCAUAUAUAGAUCUGUAACAAAUUAUGGGGACAGUUCUAUGGGACAUUACUCUCAGUUGGGGAUGGGGAUUUUGAUGAGCUGUUAACCAUGUAGAUUUUAUUGGAGCAACUGUUCAAAUCCAGAUCUAUUGCUUUUAAUGGUCAUAAUCCCAGAGCCUGAUGAUAAUAAUGUUGUAAUGUCUUACUGUGACAGGUCUUGACAUAUAAAAAAAUUUUCUUUUUUUUUUUGUCAGAGACAAGGUCUCACUGUGUAGUCCAGGCUGGCCUUGAACUGGAGAGUCUCCUGCCUCAGCCUGUGGAAUGCUGGGAUUACAGAUACAUACCACUACACCAGGCUAGAUGUUUGAAUUUUUUAAAAGAAAUUUUAUUCCUUGGACAAAAAGAUUUGGUUAACACCACACCCCCAUCUUACUUGCUUUUACACUUUGAAUAGCCAGAGGAAACAGACAGAAAGCAUUUACAUGCCUGGAUCAUUGCCAGUUUCUUUAUAUAAUUUUAAA